AUGAUUUAUAAUAAGCCAUUUUCUGUGAUUUGGAACACACCUAUUGCAAAUUGUAAUGAGAGCUUCGGAAUUAAAUUGGAUCUGGGUAAAUAUGGCAUUGUUGCCAAUGAAAAUGGCCUCCUUAUUGGGAAGAAGAUCACCAUUUUCUACAAGAGGCAACUGGGGCUUUAUCCAUUCUAUACAGAUGAGGGCAUCCCAAUAAAUGGGGGCCUUGUUCAGAAUGCCAGUCUAAGCAAACACCUUGAUGUAGCAACUGGAAACAUUAACAAUUUAAUGGAUCAAGACUUCAGCGGUCUUGCAGUGGUAGAUUGGGAGGCUUGGAGACCACUUUGGGUCCGCAACUGGGGUGUGAUGGAUAUCUACAGGAAAAACUCAAUAGCGCUGGAAAGAAGCAAACAGUCUGAUUUAACUGAAGAUGAGAUUUACAAAAAUGCCAUAAAUAAUUUUCAAACUGCUGCAAAGGCUUUUAUGGCAGAUACACUAGAGCUAGGGCACACAAAAAGAGAAAAAGGUUGCUGGGGCUUUUACAAAUAUCCAGACUGUUACAAUUACUUUAAUAAAUUAACUAAUUACACAGGUCAAUGCCUAAAACAAGACAGCUCCAAUAACAAUAAAUUGACAUGGCUCUGGGAGAAAUCACAAUGCUUAUAUCCCAGUGUCUACAUUCCUCAGAGAGUUGCAAACUCAGAUCACGUACAGAAGUUUACCCACUAUAGGGUGAAGGAGGCACUCCGCAUUGCUGCCUAUGGUCGAACGAAAGAAGCCCUCCCUGUUUUGGUUUAUGCCAGAUACUCAUACAGACAAACACUUGAUUUCCUCUCUGAGAUUGACUUGGUGCACACCAUUGGAGAGAUGGCAGCCAUGGGGGCUUCUGGAGUGAUUCUGUGGGGCAAUAAUAACUAUGCUCGCACUGAAGAAACCUGUUCGAAUCUGAAGACGCAGCUUGAUGAAAACCUUGGAAAAUUCAUUAAAAACAUCACUACAGCUACCAUGUGGUGCAGCAGGCUGUUGUGCAAUAGUAAUGGACGAUGUUUGCGGAAGGACCCUGAAUCCAAAGCUUACCUGUUUCUUGAUUCCAACUUAAUGCAAAUUAUAUCUGCUAUUAUUUCUGAUAACGUUGAAGAAUCCAGAGAAGAAAUCCUUUCCAAAGCUAAGGAAAACAUGAAAGCUAAGUUCAAAUGCCAGUGCUACAAGGCUUGGCUGGGAUCCAAUUGUGAGGCUAAAUCAGGUUCCUAGAUUGGGGAUUCAGCAUUCUUUUCUUCCCCUCCUUUCUUUAACUUUCAAAUAAGGUGAUGGGUCCACAUUUGCUGACUUCAAUUAAAUAACAAUGCUGCAUAUAGGCAG